GGUUAAGGUUUCGCCUCUUUCGCAUUUGACAGGGUUUCGCGAGUUUUUCUCCUCGGAGAUCCAGAUUUUCCCUCGGAUUCCGCUCGAGUUUUUCAAGCUUCCAAACACUGUGCUGCUGCCUUUCUAAGUUAAUAUUCUGCUUCGAUUUUCUCUGGCUUUUGGUUUGGCUCGUGCUCUAACUGCGGUUAUUGGAUUCUGUUGUUGGGGUUUUACUCAAGUAUUGCGUCUUCGAUUACGAGUAUCCUCCACUCCAAGUCCGUUUGGUGGGUUUCCAUUAAAUCGGAAGCGAGGAGGUUGAGCCACUGAGAAAUCGCGGAGCGCCUAGCGAAUGAUUUUACUCUGUUGUUCCAACAAAGGGUUUCUAAGGUUUUAAAUAUUGAGGAAGCUGAAAGUAUAAGAUUUCAUGAACGGCCUGAGGGGAUAAUCAUACUCCAAUGGUUGAUAUAUGCAGAAUUAAAGAGAUUUAAUCCUAUGGUGGCUACAGCUUUUGUAGAGAACAGUCCAUGAAACAAAUUAAAUAAGUGCUUAGAGAAAGUUCUGGCUCUGAUUAUGGCAAAGAACGAUAGGUUUCCUGGAGGAUAUUAUCGUGCUUUUGAGAACCAGGGGGAGUCAGAGGGAUCUGGUAGCUCAGGACGAGUUGACAUGGAGAUUGCUGCUUCAGAAGAUUCAUGUGUACCCAUGAGGAAAUGCAUCAACUUGAAUUCUAAUAACUGUGACAGCUUCAGUGUUCCCAUUCAAGUUCUUCCUCUAUCAAACAUCUCUCCCUCUGAAAGAAAGGAUUUAGUACUUAGAUUGAGAAUGGAGCUUGAACAGAUUCGGCUCCUUCAGAAGAAGGUUGAUUUGCAGAGAACAAAUGGUGUUGCCCUGUCAUCUUCCAGUGAUAUUCUCAGUUGCAGCAAUGGACAAAGAGGGCAUGUGGAUAAUGGCCGAAAAUCAUCAGCAUUGACCUCUGGACCAGGGAAAAAAUUGGAGCCUCUGGGUAACAAGAACCGUGCAUGGAACCGGGGAACCUCAGGAAGGUUUGAAUCAGCAACACAAGCUUCUGCACCAAGUACUGCAAGUGUGCUUUUGAUGAAACAGUGUGAGACGCUUCUGAAACAAUUAAUGUCACAUCAGCAUGGUUGGGUCUUCAAUGAACCUGUUGACAUAGUGAAGUUGAACAUUCCAGAUUAUUUUACUAUUAUCAAGCAUCCAAUGGAUUUGGGAACAAUAAAGGGCAAGAUAGCUUCAGGUGCAUACUCAAGUCCAUUGGACUUUGCUGCUGAUGUGAGGCUGACUUUCUCUAAUGCACAAACUUUCAAUCCGCCUGGAAAUGAUGUCCACAAGAUGGCUGAUACUCUCAGUAAAUUUUUUGAAGUAAGAUGGAAAACUAUUGAGAAGAAGCUUCCAGUGACUAAGACUCAGUCAUUACCUGGAAAGUACGGCACUCAUGGGGAAAUGAAGACUGCUAAGCCAAUGCCACCCUCAAAAAAGAGGAAGGUUACUUCAACGCAUCAUGAAGUUAUACAAGAGCCUGUUCAGAAGGUCAUGACAGCUGAUGAGAAACGGAAUUUAGGAAGAGACUUGGAGGAUUUGUUGGGAGAAAUACCUGUCCAAAUCAUCGAUUUCUUGAGGGUACACAGUUCGAAUGGAAGGGAAACUGGGGAGGAUGACGAGAUUGAGGUUGAUAUCGAAGCUCUAAGUGAUGAUACCUUGUUCACUUUGAGGAAGCUUUUAGAUGACUAUUUGCAAGAGAAACAAAAGAGCCAUGGAAAAGCUGAACCUUGUGAAAUAGAGCUGUUGCAUGAUUCAGGGCCUAGCAAUUCAUCCAUUCAACCAUGCAAAGGAAAUGACCCUGUUGAGGAGGACAUUGAUAUUGUUGGGAAUGAAGCCCCUGUCUCAAGCUAUCCCCCAGUAGAGAUAGAAAAAGAUACUGAGCACAGAAGCAGUAAAUGUGUUCUUUCAAGAAGCUUCAGUGAGCCAGACAAUAGCAGUUCUGAAAGUGAACUGGAUGGUGCUAAAACUUCAAAACCAGUAAAUAUAUCUGAGGGACAGGAGUCCUUAGACUCUGGAGCACUUUUAGAUGAAAAGACUAGUGCUGGCAAUCCAUGUGAGGAGAACCAAUCUGUUAGUGGCGUGGAUCAACUUGAGCAGACUUCCCAGCAAAAGCCAAACUAUGUUGAGUCAGAUAGCCAGCAAGAUGGGGAGAGUUUAACUGAUAGGCAGGUAUCCCCUGAGAAGCUCUACAGGGCUGCUGUAUUGAAGAAUCGAUUUGCUGAUACCAUUUUUAAAGCUCGAGAAAAGACACUUAAUCAGGGCGAGAAGGGGGAUCCUGAAAAACUGCGCCGCGAGAGAGAGGAACUUGAAAUGCAGAGAAGGAAAGAGAAAGCUCGGUUGCAAGCAGAAGCCAAAGCUGCUGAAGAUGCUCGAAGGCGGGCUGAAGCAGAGGCUGCAGCUGAAGCUAAGAAGAAGAGGGAGCUUGAGAGGGCAGCAGCACGACAAGCAUUACAGAAGAUGGAAAAGACUGUUGAAAUUAAUGAGAACUCCCGGUUUCUUGAAGACUUGGAACUGCUUAGGGCUGCCCCCGCUGAGCAUUUACCAAGUUCUGUAGAUGAGACAAGCCCAGAUCACUCUCAAGAUGGCUUGAGUGGUUUCAGGUUUGUUGGCAGUAACCCACUGGAGCAACUUGGAUUGUACAUGAAAGUGGAUGAUGAGGAAGAAGACGGAGAGCCACAUAGUCCUCCAGAUGUUGUAAACGAUGUGGAGGAAGGAGAAAUUGAUUAGCCGUCUGUUCUGCUGAUAGUAUCUGGCUUAACUAAAGGGACAAAUAUAGCAUAACUUGAUAUCAGAAAAUCAUGCCGUGCACUUCGGGUUCUUCUAAUGUUGCAUGAAGUGUGGGCAAAGAGCUGUGUUUUCUUGUUUGUGGCCCAGAUUCAGACACCAUUGCAGACAAUUACAAUGGAGUGGCACGAGAAGCAUAAUUAGUAGUCAUGGAAAGCUAGCUUGGAUUUUUUGUAGUCCACUGGUUUGCAAGACUGGUGGGGUCUCAAGAGGGUAAGGUCAUAUAUUUAAAUUGCUGAUUGGGUUUCCUCUGUUACAAGUGGGAGAGAGAAUUUUGAUGAAUCCAAAGGUUAAUGGACUCCUAUUGGAGUGGGUAUACCGUAUGGGUACCAUAAGUGUGAGAUACGUGCAAAGUGACACCUUUUAUUAUCACCAAUCUACACAGUGAUGAUCAAAUUUUGCCCAUAAUGAAUGGUUUAUCAAUCUCAUCA